GGGCUAAUUUUGUUGUCCUUUCCCAUUCCAUUCCAAUCGUCAGUCGGGGGAAUCGGCUAUUCGGUUCCCAUUCCUUGGAUGAAUCCGUUUUGAUUCCAUUCCAAUCCCUCCCCCAAGUGCACGGUAAUUCGCAGAAGAAAGGUUGUUCUGGCGCCCCAAUAAGGUUAUUCUCUAAUUUCCGAUUUCUAGGGUUUUGUUCUGUAUUACCCGGUUGUCAAUUUCCGGGGUUUCCACCUUGCCUUUUGCUCUGACCUCCGGUUUCUCUCUCCUACUUGGGGGGGGGGGGGGGGGGGGGGGCGGAACUCUCGGUCAUCGACUCCACGAUGACGGCUCCUUGAUGACUUGACGCCUACGGCUUCUUGUUCUUCGUUGCAUCUUGUGUUUCUGACCUAGAGAGUUGGAAUGCCAUCUCCCUUCUUAGCGACAUAUCCAAGUUCGACUAGAAGGCGUGGUGCUGGUCCCAAACUGUUUCAUAAUCUUCUUGUAACAUUGAGCUGCUCUGCCCCAAAUAUCAUCAGACUUGAACAAGAAUAUCAUGGCUGCUUAUCAGAAAUCUACAGGAGUUUAGUUUGACAUUUUAUGAACUCCUCUACCCCAAAUAUAAGCCUUGGCCUUUGUGGAAUAUGCAAACUGCUAAGAGGCCCAGAGAACCACCAAAGGUCCCUUGUGAAACUGAAAAGGAGGUAGACAGAAUCAGCUAUCUUCCAGGGCAUAUUAUAGACAAAGUGUUGUCACAAUUGUCACUUAGAGAUGCUGUGAGGACAAGUGUGCUGUCCAAAAAGUGGAGGUACAAAUGGAAUACCCUUCCGCAUCUCGUGUUUGAUAAUCAAUCUGUCUUGGUUGUUUCACAAGAUCAAACAUUCAUAAAAAACAAGAUUGUGAGUAUUGUGGAUCAUGUUCUAUUGCUGCACAAUGGGCCAAUACACAAGUUUAAGCUUUCUCACCGAGAUCUUAUAGGUGUCUACGACAUCGAUCGAUGGAUUCUCUAUCUCUCAAGGGGCUCUGUCAAGGAAUUUAUACUUGAAAUUUGGAAGGGUCAUCGCUACAAGCUACCUUCAUGUGUAUAUUCCUGCCAAAAGUUGCUUCACUUGGAAUUGUUUAACUGUCUAUUAAAGCCUCCCCCAACAUUCCAUGGGUUUAGGAACUUGAAGAGCCUUGAUCUUCAGCAUAUUACCAUGGACCAAAAUGCAUUUGAGCACCUGAUAUCUAGUUGCCCUUUGCUUGAAAGACUUACGUUAAUGAACUUCGAUGGUUUUACCCUGCUUAACAUUCAUGCUCCAAAUCUCCAGUUCUUUGACAUUGGAGGUGUUUUUGAUGAUGUCAAUUUUGAGAAUACAUCCCAUCUAGCUAUUGUUUCAAUUGGUUUAUAUGUGAAUAUUGAAAAUGACCGAACUCUGACCCUGGGCAAUACUAGCAAUUUGAUCAAGUUUUUCGCUCACCUGCCUUCUGUUCAGAGGCUCGAGGUACAGAGUUAUUUUCUGAAGUAUUUGGCUGUUGGAAGGAUUCCAGAGAGGCUGCCCAGUCCAUGUGCGGAGUUGAAUUACCUUUCUAUUCGCAUAAAUUUCAAUGACGUGGAGGAGGAAUUGGCAGCGCUUUGCCUUCUUAGGAGUUCUCCUAAUGUUCAAGAGCUUGAGAUAUUAGCUCGUCCAGAGGAGCAGAGUGGUUCAGGAAGUGGCGCCAACAACUGGAAGAAAGAUUAUUCGAGCUACCUGUUUAACCAGUUGAGGUUAAUUAAGAUAGUAGGCAUCCUUGGGUUGAGCUGUGAGAUGGAUUUCAUCAACUUUCUACUUGGAAACUCACCAGUGCUUGAUAAGAUGACUGUGAAGCCUGCCUCCAACGACAGAGGAUGGGAGUUGCUAAAGGAAUUGGUACGGUUCCGACGAGUGUCUGUGCGAGCAGAAAUUAUCUACUUGGACCCGUAGUAGACAACUGCCGGGCUAGAGUGGUUCAGGCAAGCUUCUCUGUUACUAAUUUGUUUACACUUUUGUAUGUAUUAUGUAUGAAACUCUGUACUUCGUGAAACGUGUGUGUUAUCCAACCCCUCAUUGCAAGGAUCCUGUUUUAUUCCUGGUACGUUUGGAUAUGAAUUUUGAACGUGGAAAGGAAUAUUUCCAUUUCUUCGAUGAAA